AUGCCCUUCUCACAAGUCAGGAGCAGCCCUGGAAGGGAUGGAAAUCGACCCCCUCGCCUUCCGACAGGCUUAAGAUACGACCUGGUGCCGCUCUCAUCCCGUCCACGCAGUCGUGGUCCUCAAUCUCACCACUCUGGAAGUGACCGCCGACCACUUGCCCCCGUGCCUGAGCGUGAGCGCGAGUACUCGCCCACUUCAGAGUUGGACUCGGACUCGAGCUCAGACUACGUAUACGGACGUCCACCACGCCACCCGGUCUACCGCGCUCCGUCAUCAACAAGUUCAGGGUUGCAUUGCACGCCUUGGAUCGUCAAUAUAGAAACGAUCAACACCACGCACAGGUGCUCGGAUGCACAUUUCUUCCGCGACCCGAUCCAAGUGCAGCCCGGCGAGGUUGGCACGGUCGCCCUCCCCAUCCUCCCUCGCAGCGAGCCCUUCGGCAUCGGCCUCUCGAUCAUGACGCUCACGCCGACCAUGUUCACGCCAGGCGCACCGUUCUCGGAGCUGAACUGGCCCGUGCUGGCCGCUCAGGGGUUUUACAAGUUCGACAUCCACGUCGGCCACGUCCACGACUCGACGGACGCACCGGCGCUGUGCGACGGGCGCAGACCGACGCGGUUCAACAGCACCAUUCGCCACCGGCUUAUGCCGGGCGUGGAUCUGCUCUGGUGCAAGUAUGACGCCGACGUAAGCCCGUGGGCCAUGUUGUGUACCCCAGCGUUCGAGAUGGUGCACAUGAGGAGCUGGGCUGACGGUGUGCGGAACAGAGUCGUCGGUCAGGCCGCAGAUAUGCCUGGAAGGGUUGCCUGGAUAGAGCCGGGCGAGCAAAGUCCGCUGGAAGAGGUGUUGUAUGGGAGGCCGUCAGGACGUUGA